AUGCCAAACAUCAGCCUUUACUUUGUGCGGCACGGCCAACGCAUCGACCAAGUCGACUCCUCCUGGGCAACAACCUCCCCUUGUCCACAAGACCCACCCCUCACCCAACUAGGAAAACGUCAGGCUCGACAAACUGGUACCAUGAUCCGGGAUUUCGCCCAUGAGAGUUCUUCUUCUUCGCUCUCCUCACCCGUCUCCGUGUUCGCAUCCGUAUCGGCUAUGUGUAUUGAUGAUAAUGGGGUCAAGAUGGCGAAGGUCUCUGCGUCCGGGAUCCAGACAGAGAACGGCGGCGGUGGUGGGAACAAGGAUGAGGACGAGAGUGUUCCGCAGCAACAGAGAGGUCAAGGAGGAAGUGGAGGAGGGCGCAGUGAUAAUGAGUCAUCGGCUACAGCGGCUACAACGACCUUACAGGGAAUGACGCCUCCAGAAUCUCCAGACCUCUCCCGUGCACCACCAUCAACAACAGGAACAACUCCCCCUCACAACCAAGACAACACAUCAACGGCAUCGUCAACACAGCAAGGACAGGGACAAGAUGAAGAAAAGGCGACAAGGCGGGUCAGUGGUCCUUCGACCUUCUCUUCUUCUUCACAUAUGAACAGCAACAACAGCAGCAGCAGGAGUAAGAGGAGACCUCACCACUUUGCGAUCGUCACAAGCCCGUUCUUGAGGUGCUCUCAGACUGCGAUCGAAAUGGCGAUCGGGAUGCGGAGUUUACCCGCCACCGUCAAGUCUUUGUCGGGAACAACAGGUGUCGCUGAAACAAAACCUCAACAGCAACAGCAACAGCAGGAGGAUGGCGAUGCGGUGACCAUUGCCGUCGAGACUGGGCUAUCAGGCAAGUUAACAAAAACAAAAUAA